AGGAUCUAAGUGCGUUUUUCAUUGACAAUGGUGAAAACAAACAAGACUGGAACAAAUGAAACGUCCACGAUGGGAGAACAAAAACCAAAACAUCCAAAGAAUACACGGGCUGGUGAAACAUCCACGGUAGGCAAAGGGUCUACAAUGGUUCUUCAGCACAGAAUCUCAUUGUUGCUCCUCAUCUUUUCAUCUCUGACAAAGCUGACUAGUGGAAAUUCCACAGCGCAUGGCUGUGAUCGGCGAUGUCUGGCACAAAUUCUGAUUGAUAAAGAACUACUGAGUCCGCCACAGAGUGAAAACUGCACCACUGUUGUAAACAUCACUUCAAUACAAUAUGAGACACUGUCUUUUGAUACCAAGGACAUGCAAAUGACUAGCCGCAUCAAGGUAAACAUGGAAUGGAUGGAUCCUGAUCUUGGGUGGGCAAAGAAUUACAACUUUUCAACAAUUAUGAUACCAGUUGAGAAAAUCUGGACUCCUCGGAUCGUUUUGGACAAUGCAAUAGACACAACUGUGGAGCCAUACACUAAUGAUGUGCAGGUGAGAAAAGAUGGGACUGUUACUCAUGCGAUUGUCUUGUUCACCUCAGUGAGCUGUGAAAUCAACCUUUUUAACUACCCCUUUGUAACUGGAGAAUGCCCUGUGGCCAUCAAUGGAUGGAGCCAGAAAUCUUGUUCGCUAAACCUCCAGAUCUCUGAUAACGUAUCUUUGGUUGGUGGGUCUGGAGGAGAGUGGCAGACUACGAGUGUCAUCAAAGCUACUGAAUCAUCACAACCAGAGAGUCGCAGUUAUCUCCUUGUCAAGCUGUCCAUCAACCCCUUUGGUGCUAUUGUGACCCUGAUCCUGCCCAGUGCACUGAUAUUGCUGGCUGACCUGGUGAGCUUUGCUUUGCCAUUUGAAGGAGGAGAACGCAACUCUUUUAAGGUCACAUUGGUACUGAGCUUCACCAUGUUUCUCCUCAUCCUCAACGAUCACCUGCCUAACGGUGGCAACUGCAGCCCUCUGCUCCAUUAUCACUUCAGUUUCUGUCUGGUGUGUUUGGUGCUGAGUAUGCUGAUUUCUGUUGUGCUCACACGUCUGUCAGUAGAUGGCAGUAUUUUGCCAUGCAGACACACAAAGGUUCAUCCGUCCAACAGCCCCAAACCUCAAAAUGACUUCCUGGAUAAAGAGAAAGAUAUGGGUUCCGAGAUUUCUUUACUUCAGAAAAUAGUCUUUUUUUUGGAGGACAUGGAUAAAGGAGAUGACAACAAGGAGAGUAACAUGGCUUUCGCAUACCUCAUGGACAAAUGCUGCUUCUGCAUUUAUUUAAUCAUGUACAUCAUUUAUGUCAUAAUUCUCAUUUGUAUCACCCAAGCAGACAUCUGUAAGGUUAAUAAUCUAGACUUCUGGGAUAAUUCCAAGCCUUCAGAUGACUACACAUACAGCUACUACUACUACUACUACAACUACCCAACUUAACCAUUUCACUAGAUCUGCCCAGAUCUGCUCUGGUCUGUUGUUUUAGUUUGUGAAUAUAACCUGUAGUUUAUGGGAAAUUAUAUAAUAUGAGGCAUGAUUCAUAACUUACAUCUUGAUUUAAUCAUAAGAAGUUAAAUGUUUUAAAGGCAUAAAUACAGAAUACACACAGAAUAUACUCUACAAAACAUGUGGUUAUACUGUAAUUAACUCAAAUAAAUAGUUAAUAGAGUUAAUAAAUAUAGUAAAUAAAUAGAAUUACUAUCUCAUAAAAGUUUUUUUUAUUAUUAUUUUAUUUUUUUGUGAAUUGUAAUUUUUUACUGUCUAAUUAAAUCCACAACUUUUCUGCAUGUUAUGGAGGUAUACAGUUUUAAUUGUAAUAAUCAGCUAUACUGAGUUAUAGUAAUGGCUAGUCUUUAUAUU